AUGGAGCUUCCGGAAACCAGUCUCCUGUACCAAGCGGCCCUCGCCGCGGCCAAGUUUGCGGAUCAGAGGCUCGAGAGUCGCACGCGGACGGACUACAACGGCAGCCUUCGUCGAAACGCCGCGUUCUGUAUCUCUGAAGGCUAUCCCGACCCACUCAAGCAGCGCUUCGUGCAGCUCCCAGGAAUGCUUGCGGGCGGCCAUCCCCACGAUCGCUGGGUUGCCGACACGGCUGCGGACGGAACUCUUACCCCGCGAGGUAAUCCCGCCAAGUCUGCCACCAUCUCGCAGAUUCUGGCCGGGUUGAGUAAUGUGAAGAAACGCGAAAGGACCCCCAAGCGCGCCUCCCCGAUGUCGCUGUCCAUGCUCUCAAAGAUUAUCGCCUUCCUGGAGUCGGACCCGAUGUUCAACAAGACGAUGAGACUGUGGGUUUCGGCGGUAUGCUCUCUCGCCUUCUACGGGAUGUGCCGCAUCAACGAAGUCCUGCUGAUGAAGAAGGGAGACAUACAACUUGAGCUACGACGCACUCGAACGUAUUCGCUGCAUCUUCUCCCGAAGGAAGAGAAGGCCGCUGAGGCGCUGACGUAUCUGAGCCGAUGGUUCCACAACGCGCAGACGGAGCUACAUCACAGGUGGAGCAGUGACGACUACGCAUUCCCCUCGCUGACGAAGAUUCCUCGUGGUGGAGCGAAGCGACAGCGGUGCGCCGGGAAUGGCGGCAGGGUUCCAUUUGCCAAAGUUGGGAUCAAGUGGGGCACACAAAUGAAGGACACCAACUUUACGCAAGUUCUCAACAUCGUCGCUGCGGCUGCUGGAAUGAAAAGGAGUGUUCUUGGCGACGAGAUCUGGUUUACGUCGCACUGCUUUGAUCGGGGAGGUGCUCAGUACCGGUUCAUGUUUGCUCCUGAAAAAAGACGCUGGUCGCUGAAGCUGGUGAAGUGGUGGGCAGGGUGGGCAGGGUGGGCACCGAGUGAGAAGGCGGAGACGGUGACGCGGUAUCUUCUCGAUGAUGUCAUGGACCGAGAGGAGAAUCAGCUUGGAGACUCGCUGGCUCCAGAUGCGGACGCAUGCAUCACCGCUGCGUCGCUGGAUGGUUUGCAAGACAUUGACUACGGACGCACGUACUCCGAUGCAGACGACGAUCCACAGCUCAACCCCACAUAUGCAGCCCCUGAUGAAGUUCCCCCUGCAUUGCAUCCUUCGACCAUCGCCGAGCUCAAGGACACUUUACUGGAAGGUCUCCGUGGUAUGAUACAGGGCGUCGGAUGUGGAAAAAACGACACUCAAGAAACGGAGGACGGUGAACACGCUGAAGACACUAUUGCUACGUGUGAUGGAACUGUUGUGGAAACCGCUCACCUCGUGUCUGAGCUUCCGGAUGCCAAAUCGUGGCGCGACUACGUUCAUCAGUACUGGCAUCCAAAUCCUGCGUGUCACCAGUACCGAGCCGGCGUGGGCAUGCUUCCACAUGAACGCAAGAUACACAGGUCGCGCCUCUCCAGAAUGAAGAUCAUCGCGGAGUUUAUUCGAGCAGAGUACGACGAUGGCCAAGACUUUCAAGAAGGAUUUCGGUGGCCGUGUCCAGGGAGAGUUGACGGUCAACAAGAUACUUGCUGCGAUUCGAGCGAGUAG